UACAAUGACCGGCAUACGAAGGGGAAGAGAGAUUCUCAACCGGAUAUCCGGUGGGAAGUGUCAGUAAAGUCUUGGUGGGGGAGACAGCCGUGGAUCCUGCUCUCAGCCUGGACCUAAAGACACUGUUGCCAUGAUCCGCUUUAUUCUGAUUCAGAACCGGGCCGGCAAGACGCGUCUGGCCAAGUGGUACAUGCAGUUCGAUGACGACGAGAAGCAGAAACUUAUCGAGGAGGUCCAUGCGGUUGUUACCGUGCGGGAUGCGAAGCACACCAACUUUGUGGAGUUCCGCAACUUCAAAAUAAUCUACAGACGUUACGCAGGGCUCUACUUCUGCAUUUGUGUGGAUGUGAACGACAAUAAUCUGGCCUACCUGGAAGCCAUUCACAAUUUUGUGGAGGUAUAUCUAUCAUAUUUCCACAACGUCUGUGAACUUGACCUUGUCUUCAACUUCUACAAGGUUUACACGGUGGUGGAUGAGAUGUUCUUAGCCGGCGAGAUCCGGGAGACCAGCCAGACGAAGGUCUUGAAGCAACUGCUGAUGCUGCAGUCCCUAGAAUGAGAGGGGGAGAGAGAGAGAAACCAGUCGAGAUCCUGCCUCUUAACCCCCUCCCAGCUCAUCUGUCACCCAUUCCCUGAAUCAGUGACUUGCACAAAGUAAAUUUGGCCACUUCGUAGUUGGGGCAGGGGGAGGGGGGGGCGCCUAAAAUUGGUUACCUCUGUCCUCGCGUGGAGGAUGGACGCAGCCAAGGCGGGGUGGGGCUCUUCUUCUCAUUGAGGUGGGGGGUGGAUAUCAGGAGGAGGAGGAGCCCCCACUGUCCCACUGCUGACACGAUCCCUGCAACCCCUCACCUGCCCCUUCCCAUUCCUCUUAACAUGUGGAAGAGGGACCAUAACUCUAUGUGUGGUGGUAAAAGACGUAUGCGGCGCGUUGUCGUGGAGGAUGGCAACGCCUCGUAUUCGCCGGGUGAAGUGAUGUAAUUGAAUAAUACUU